UGGCAGAAUGGACAAGACCUGCGAAAUGAAGCACAGGAUGUUGGACAGCCCUUUGGGGAAGAUAGAGCUCUCUGGUUGUGAACAAGGUCUGCAUUGCAUAAGGAUCCACGGCAGGAAGGCGUCUGACGCGGGUGCCAUGACAGCCUCCGCUCCCCCCGAGGCCCUCGGCGGUCCAGAGGGAACGACCGUGCCCCUGACGCAGUGCGCAGCCUGGCUGGAUGCCUAUUUCCACGAGCCCGAGGCCAUCAAGGAGCUCCCUGUGCCAGCUCUUCACCACCCCAUUUUCCAGCAAGAGUCGUUCACCAGACAGGUGUUAUGGAAGCUGCUGAAGGCUGUGAAAUUCGGAGAAAUGGUUUCUUACCAGCAAUUAGCAGCCCUGGCAGGCAACCCCAAAGCAGCGCGGGCAGUGGGAGGAGCCAUGCGAAGCAAUCCCGUGCCCAUCCUCAUCCCAUGCCAUCGAGUGGUCUGCAGCAGCGGAGCUGUGGGCAACUACACCGGGGGACCGGCCGUGAAGAAGUGGCUUCUGGCCCACGAAGGCAGCCAGGCGGGGAAGCCAGCCCGGGGAGGGAGCCCGGGUCCAGCGGGAGCCUGGCUCAAGACAGCAGCGGGCACUGCCAGCUCCCAGCGUGCUGGCCGAAACUGAGUGUGAGUGUGUGUGGUAGGCGUGAGCACCUGAGUGACACACAAAUGCGAUACCACAUCAGAAGUGGAAUAUGGGAGCCGUGGCUACAUUAAAAAAUCUGCCCUGGGGAA